UUUUUUUUGAGCGAAAAUUAGAAGAGUAGAGAAAGUAGGAGCUUGUCUGAGCAUUUCUUUGAGUGGGGUUGUUGUCCCCAUGUUCAGUAUCAGUUUUCCAUGUGCACUUGAAUGGUUUUUUUUUGCUUCUCACGGUCUCUUCUGUUAAAAAUUGUAUUUCUGAGGGUAUCUAGACUUCCCUCUCUUUCUUUCAUAUUUUUUUAUUUCUUUUUGUUGACAGGGACUCAAUUCCUUCCAUGGCUUUGUCCGCAGAUCGAGAGAGGUUAUGCAUACACACAAAGAAGAUUUAAGUAAGCUCGACCCACUACCCAUCAAAUAAAACUCCAAUCUGGGUUGGUAAGAUUUAAUGAAGAUCUUCAUUUUCUACUGAUUGGUUCCCCUCUCCUCUCCUGUUCCAUUUCAGGGUGAUUUGCUCUAUUCCCAAUAAAAAUUUCUCUAUAUGGUUCUAAUUUCUCGUCGGGUUUCGGAUAGAUUUUUGUAUUUUUUAUCGAUGGGCUGUUGGGGUGAUCUUUCUGAGAUAUGUGGAUUUAUAUUCUUUGCCUCCUGAACAAAAGCAUCUGUUAGUUUGAUCCCCGGGCUUAAAUCUUUGAGACGAAAUUGCGUUGGGAAACCCAGUCGUGAGAGUAGAACGGAGCAUUGUCUCUCAUAGUUCUCCGUUUCAUGUCAGACUGUCAGCUUAUCCAAGUAGAAAGGCCUUUCGGAGACUGUGUUUUUCAUCUCUUUUUUACCAUAAAUGGGCGAUGAGUACAGAGUUCCGUUGCUAGAUAGAUGGUAGAUUCUUUCCUAUAUUAGAAAAAUGGAAUCUGGAAAUGGGUUCUACUCAGUCGACGAGUUCCGUUUGGAUGCCAAGUGGCUGAUCGAUCCGAGACAUCUCUUUGUUGGGCCGAGGAUUGGAGAAGGAGCUCAUGCCAAAGUAUUCGAAGGAAAAUAUAAAAACCAGAAUGUUGCUGUUAAAAUUGUUCAUAGAGGAGAAACCCCAGAAGAGAUUGCUAAGAGAGAGGCGAGAUUCGCAAGAGAAGUUGCAAUGCUGUCUAGAGUUCAACACAAAAAUUUAGUAAAGUUUAUCGGGGCAUGUAAGGAACCUGUCAUGGUAGUGGUAACGGAGCUUUUGUUGGGUGGUUCAUUACGAAAAUACUUGCUGAACAUGCGGCCUAGGUGUUUGGACAUGCGUGUUGCCAUUGGUUUUGCACUUGAUAUCGCUCGAGCAAUGGAGUGUUUGCACUCACAUGGGAUCAUCCACCGGGAUUUAAAACCUGAAAACUUGAUAUUAACUGAAGACCACAAAACAGUAAAACUUGUGGACUUUGGUUUAGCAAGAGAGGAGUCAGUAACAGAGAUGAUGACCGCUGAAACAGGCACAUACCGUUGGAUGGCCCCAGAGUUGUACAGUACAGUCACAUUGAGGCAUGGGGAAAAGAAGCAUUACAACCACAAGGUUGAUGCCUACAGCUUUGCAAUUGUUUUAUGGGAACUCUUACACAACCGAUUGCCGUUCGAAGGCAUGUCAAACCUACAGGCAGCCUAUGCAGCUGCUUUUAAAAAUGUGAGGCCAAGUUUAGAAAACCUCCCUGACGAUUUGGCUUUAAUUCUAGCUUCAUGCUGGAAGGAGGACCCAAAUGCCAGGCCCAACUUCAGCCAAAUUGUGCAGAUGCUCCUACAUUAUCUAUCAACCCUUUCACCACCAGAACGCAUGAUUCCAUCUCCUAUUUUUACUUCCAAAAAUGAAGUUCUGCCUCCAGAAUCCCCAGGUACAAGCUCAUUGAUGGCUGUGCGAGAUGACUUGGGGGAGACCCCAAAAGCCAAGAUGGAAGACAAACCAAGGAGUUUCUUCUUCUGUUUCAACCAGUGUUACUGAUUACCAGAUGGAAAAAACAUGGGAUUUAGUCUGCUAGGAUCCCAAAUUGCUGUAUGGGAGGUUUAGUGAACUGGGCUCCGAUCCCACAAACACAUGGAUGAACAGUAAAUGUUUAAUUACGUGGCUGAAGAUGCUCCCUUGUAUCUGGGUGGUGCUGUAAAAUAUACAUGGUUAUAAGAUCCCAGUUAGCAAUCGUUACAUCAACUCCAUUAAUCCUGCCAUGGCUCGUUAAUUGUUACUGGAAAUGUGGAAAGGUUAGUUUUAACUUUUAAGUCAAGUGCUAUGCAUUGAAGAGAGGUUGUUGGCCGUGUUUGUUCCAGUUCCGUAGUCUGUAAUUUGUAUGUCCAACAACAAGAUAGGAGAAAGGUAGUUAAAAUAGCCAUCAUCAAAAUAAAGGCAGUACUGGUGGGCCAGGUUUUUGUUAUUAAUUUGACAUUAUUGUUAAAAUCCGUAUCACCUAUAUCAAUUCCAUGAUUCUCAACUCAGUUAAACUUAAAA